GCUGUAGCACUGUGUCAGCGGAGCGCAAGCAGUCUGGAAAAGUGGAUAAUGCCAGCGCAGCCGAGUAAAAUGGGGCUUUUGAGGAUGUGCAUCACAUGGCGUUAAAGGAAAAUUGACGAUAGACAACUCACCGGAUCUAUUAAUGUGUGCGACUUAGGCAUUGUGUGAAAUGCUUGCAUACACAGUUUGUCGAGACUUCUUUGGAUUUUUCUGAUCGGAACUUUGGUGUGGCUAUUCAUUCUGCUGGUCUGGUGGUUUGGUGAAGAACACUCUGCCAUCAUGGGGAUUCACUUGACUUCAGUACUUGCAGUGCUCAUGCAACUUCUCUGUGGCUGCAUAGCAAACCAAAGGCUGGGAGAGACGGCAUUGCACGUGCAGUUCACUCACUCUGUUUACAAUGCCACCAUAUAUGAGAACUCGGCUGCUAAGACCUAUUUAGAAACUCCAUUAAAGAUGGGCGUUUAUGUCACAGACCCAAGCUGGGAAAUACGGUACAAGAUUGUGUCGGGAGACAACGAGAACCUGUUUAAAGCUGAGGAUUACAUGUUGGGAGACUUUAGUUUCCUGCGAAUAAGGACCAAAGGUGGGAGCAGCGCCAUUCUCAACCGGGAGGUCAGAGACCACUAUCUGCUUAACAUCAAGGCUGUAGAGAAAAACACCAAUGCUGAGGCGCGAACCAGAGUUCGAGUAAAGGUGCUGGACACCAAUGAUUUGAGGCCUCUCUUUUCACCCACCUCCUACAGCAUCUCCCUACCAGAGAACACCGCCAUCAGGACCAGCGUGGCCAAGGUCACCGCCACUGACGCUGACAUUGGGACUAAUGGCGAGUACUACUACAGCUUCAGGGAGUGGACUGAUAUGUUCGCAGUGCAUCCCACCAGUGGAGUUGUGACACUUACCGGAAAGCUGGAUUACUCCGAAACCAAGUUGUAUGAACUGGAGAUCCUGGCGGUCGAUCGUGGCAUGAAACUGUAUGGGAGCAGUGGGUUCAGCAGCAUGGCUAAGUUGACGAUCCGAGUUGAGCAGGCCAAUGAGCAUGCCCCUGUCAUCACAGCUGUCACGUUGGCUCCCUCAGACACAGACAAAGAUCCCAGUUUUGCCAUAGUAAGUGUAGAGGAUGGAGACCAGGGUGCCAAUGGGGAGAUUGCAUCACUCAGUGUUGUGGCGGGGGAUCCCCUACAGCAGUUCAAGGCUAUGCGGAUUAGCCCAGGGAGCAAGGAAUACAAGAUUAAAGCAGUUAAGGAUGUAGACUGGGACAGUCAGCCAUUUGGAUACAACCUCACACUACAAGCCAAGGACAAAGGAAAUCCUCCCCAGUUUUCAUCUGCUAAAGUUAUUCAUGUCACAUCCCCACAGUUCAAAGUGGGCCCCCCAAAAUUUGAGAGGCCUGUUUACCGUGUCAACAUCAGUGAAUUUGCACCACUCCACACACCAGUUGUUAUGGUCACAGCUGUGCCAAAAUAUCCACAUGUGAAAUACGCAUUCAGACACAAGAUGGAGAAAAAUGUUUUUGCCAUCAAUCCAGAGACUGGGCUUAUCACCACUGCUGGACCCAUCCGUGCUGACUAUGUCUCCAAGUUUGAACUUGAAGUUGUCACUAGCGACAAAAAUGCAGCUACUAAAGUCAUAGUGGAUGUCACAGACGUCAACAACAAUGCCCCGGAAUUCAAGCAGACCUCAUACAAGGCCAGCGUUGAUGAGAAUAUGCCUGUAGGUACGAGUGUGCUAACCGUGAAGGCCACAGAUUUGGAUGGUGGUGAAAAUGGGUAUGUUACAUACAGCAUUGCCAAUGUCAACCCUCAGCCAUUUGUCAUUGACUAUUUCUCCGGGGUCAUCAGCACCUCAGAACAACUUGAUUAUGAGCUCAUGCCACGGAUAUACAAUUUAAAGGUACGGGCCUCAGACUGGGGCUCGCCUUUCCGCCGUGAGGUGGAGACGCCAGUCACAAUCACUUUGAACAAUCAAAAUGACAAUAAACCCCUUUUUGAGAAUGUUGACUGUGAUGUAACUGUACCAAGGGACCAUGGUGUUGGUGAGCAGAUUACUACUGUGUCUGCUAUUGAUGCUGAUGAGUUGCAGCUUGUAAGGUACAGAAUUAAAGCUGGUAACGAAUUGGAUCUCUUUGACUUGAACCCCAACUCCGGUGUCCUUUCCCUGAGACAUCCUUUGACUGACGGUGCGGCAGCUAAAGUGUCCCUCCAUAGGUUACUAAUCAUUGCUAGUGAUGGAGAGCGUGAAACACAGCCGAUGAUUAUGAACAUCACUGUUGUAACUUCACACAAGCCAGUCCAUGUCAAAUGCGUUGACACUGGUGUUGCCACAAUGCUGGCAGAAAAACUGCUCCAGGGCAGCAAAAUCCAUAGUCAGGUGGAACCUGAGGAAAACUUUUUAGACAUCCACUCAGUGAACCGCUUCGCUCCACUAUUCAGUGACUCUUUCCCAAGUGUAAUUGAGGUGAAAGAGGAUCUGCCAGUUGGAGCUAGGAUUGUGCAUCUCUCAGCAUCAGAUGCAGACAGUGGUUUCAAUGGAAAACUAGUUUAUGUCAUCUCUGGGGGUGAUUCUGAGAGCCGCUUUGUGGUAGAGAUGGAUACUGGCUGGCUCCAAGUGUACGCACCCCUAGACCGCGAGUCUAAGGAUCACUACACCCUUAACAUUACUGUAUAUGACUUGGGGAUACCCCAGAAGUCUUCAUCACGCCUCUUAGAUGUUACAAUUCUUGAUGCUAAUGAUAAUGUCCCACAGUUCCUAAAGGAUAGCUACUCCAUAGAAAUUAGUGAAAGUACAGCAGUAGGGACAGAAAUCAUUCCAGUGCAGGCAAAAGAUAAGGACCUUGGAGAUAAUGGAGUGGUCAGGUACUCUAUUUUGGCUGACACCGGUCAAUUUGCUAUUGAUGAGGAGACUGGUAUUGUUAGUGUGAAAAAGCCUCUGGACCGAGAAAUACAUCCAAGUUUCACACUGCGUAUUGCAGCACGUGACCAAGCCACUGCUGAACCGCAGCUUGUGUCGACUGUGUUGCUCAAAAUUGUUCUGGAAGAUGUCAAUGACAAUCCCCCCAAGUUCAUCCCACCCAACUAUCGGGUAAAGGUACGUGAGGAUCUUCCCAUUGGUACUGUGAUUAUGUGGCUGGAGGCCCAUGACCCUGAUGUGGGACCCUCCAGUCAGGUACGAUACAGCCUGGUGGACAAUGGGGAGGGAAAAUUUGAAGUGGACAAACUCAGCGGUGCUGUGCGCAUCGUUCAGACCCUGGACUAUGAGAAGAAGCAGGUGUACAGUCUCACGGCAAGGGCCAAAGACAAAGGGAAGCCAAUGUCCCUGUCCUCCACCUGCCACAUUGAGGUAGAGGUGGUGGAUGUGAAUGAAAACCUUUACAGGCCUUGGUUUCCAUCAUUUGUGGAUAAAGGAUUUAUCAAAGAGGAUGUGCCAAUCGGUACCUCAGUGAUGAAAGUUUCCGCUCAGGAUGAGGAUAAAGGCCAAGAUGGUGAAGUGCGAUACUCCAUAAGGGAUGGCUCAGGCCUCGGGAUUUUCUCCAUCGAUGAAGAGACUGGUGUCAUCCGCACCCAGGAGCUCCUGGAUCACGAGACCACACCGCACUACUGGCUGACCGUGUACGCCACCGACCGUGGUGUGGUCCCGCUCUCGUCCUUCGUGGAGGUCUACGUGGAGGUGCAGGACGUCAAUGACAACGCGCCGCAGACCACUGAGCCUGUCUACUACCCCACCGUGAUGGAAAACUCGCCCAAGGACGUGUCCAUCAUCCAGAUUGAGGCCUUUGACCCAGACAUGCGCUCCAGCGACAAGCUGUCCUACCGCAUCACCAGUGGCAACCCGCAAGGCUUCUUUGCCAUCAACCCCAAGACAGGUCUGGUCACCACUACCUCAAGAAAGCUGGACCGGGAACAGCAGAGCGAGCACAUUCUCGAGAUCACGGUGUCUGACUAUGGCGUGCCAGCCAAGUCCACAACAGUGCGCGUGGUAGUCCAGGUGCUGGAUGAGAACGACAACAAGCCACAGUUUCUGGAGAAGAUCUACAAGAUCAAGUUGCCCGAGCGGGAGAAGCCAGAGAAGGAGAGGGCCCUGAAGAGAGACCCCGUCUACCGCGUCAUCGCCUCCGACCGUGACGAAGGACCCAACGCUGAGAUCUCCUACAGCAUUGAGGAAGGGGACGAGCACGGCAAGUUCUUCAUCGAGCCCAAGACCGGCCUGGUGUCCUCCAAGAAGGUUUCCUCCGCAGGAGAAUAUGACAUCCUUACGAUCAAAGCUGUGGACAACGGUCGUCCCCAGAAAUCCUCCACCUGUCGGCUGCACAUCGAGUGGAUCGUCAAGCCCGAGCCGUCAGCCACCCCUCUGGCCUUCGAGGACUCCCCCCUCACCUACUCUGUCAUGGAGAGCGACCCUGUGGCUCACAUGGUGGGGGUCAUCCUCAUGGAGAAUGCAGAGACGCCUGUCUGGUUUGAGAUCACAGGAGACGUAGAGGCUAAAGAAGUGUUUUACAUCGUUCAGAUGGCUUGUGACCUGAACUGUACGGCAGAAGGUGGGAACUACGACAGCCGUUUUGACGUGGGCAAGGCAAGUGGUACCAUCAUCGUGGCCAGGCCCCUCGACGCCGAGCAGAAAUCAAAUUACAACCUGACGGUGGAGGCAACAGAUGGAACCACAUCUAUCAGCACCCAGGUGCUGAUCCGAGUGAUUGACACCAACAACCAUCGGCCUCAGUUUUCUCAGCCCAAGUAUGAAGUAAGCAUAGCAGAGGACACAGCACCAGACACAGAGGUCCUGCAGAUCAGCGCCACCGACCUGGACGAGAAGAACAAGCUGACCUACACACUCCUGAGCAGCACCGACCCCUUCAGCCUCCGCAAGUUUAGACUGGACCCGGGAACUGGAGUGCUGUACACUGCUGAGAGACUGGACCAUGAGACCAUGCGGACACACACACUCACAGUAAUGGUCAGAGAUCAAGACAUCCCAGUGAAGCGCAAUAUGGUGCGAGUCAUUGUCAAUGUGGAAGACACCAACGACAACGCCCCUUGGUUCUCCGGCAUCCCAUACGCGGGCCGUGUCUUUGAGUCUGCAACUGUCGGCUCGGCUGUUCUCCAGAUCACAGCCCUGGAUAAGGACAAGGGACAGAACGCUGAGAUCAUGUAUAGCAUCGAGUCAGGAAAUGUUGCAAAUUCAUUUGCCAUUGAUCCUGUCCUGGGAACCGUUACUGUGGCAAAGGAACUUGAUCGGAAUAGUCAAAGCCAAUUCCAGCUGGUGGUGAAAGCAUCUGACAAGGGAACACCACCCAUGGGUGCCACAUCAACAGCUGACAUCACUGUGACAAUUUCUGACAAUGCCACACCAAGGUUUACGGAACAGGAGUACUCUGCAGAAGUUAGUGAAUUAGCCCAGCCUGGAACCUUUGUACAUCUCGUUUCAGCUAGCAGUCAGUCAUCUGUCUUCUACCAGAUCAAAGAUGGGAAUAUUAAUGGAGCUUUUGACAUCAACCCCAACUCAGGAGUAGUGAUAACUCAAAUGCCACUGGAUUAUGAAACCACUCCUUCCUACAAGCUCACCAUUCAGGGAACCAAUAUGGCAGGACAGGCGAGCAACACCACACUGCUUGUCCAUCUCAAGGAUGAGAAUGACAAUGCACCGAUAUUCAUCCAGGAGGAGUUCAUUGGGAUAGUUAGUGAGUCAGCACCUGUCAAUAGCGUCAUUUUGACCAGAAACAAUACCCCAUUAGUUAUUCGAGCCUUAGAUGCAGACCAGGAUGCCAGCUCUCGUUUAAUUUAUCAGAUUGUGGAACCAUUUGCCCAUAACUACUUUGCCAUAGACUCUAGCACAGGGGCAAUCAGGACCACCACUGAAUUGGAUUAUGAGCAGAGAAAUACUUUCCGCUUUACUGUUCAGGUGCACGACUUGGGAAUGCCCCGACUCUUUGCUGAGAAGGCUGCAAAUGUAACCAUUGAGGUUAUUGAUGUUAACGACUGCUCACCAAAGUUUAACCAGGACCAUUAUGAGACCACAGUGUUAGUGCCGACAUACAAGGGGGUCAAGGUGGUUGCAGUCAAUGCCACAGACUCAGACUCUGGACCAAAUGCCAGACUUAUCUAUUCCAUCUCAGACGGCAAUAUUGGAGACAAGUUCAAAAUGGACCCGGUUUCCGGCAUUAUCUCCAUACAGAACGUCACACAGCUGAGAAGCAGGUACGAGCUGAGGGUAAGAGUGUCUGAUGGCAGAUUUGCUAGCACAGUUCCAGUGAAGAUCAAUGUUAAAGACAACAAAGAGAGCACUCUAAAACUCAAACAGACUUUAUACAAGGUCACAGUUCAAGAAAAUUCUUUAGAAAAGAAGACUUUGGCUGUCAUCACCGCUGUUGGAAAUCAGGUCAAUGAACCGCUUUUCUUCACCAUUCUGAACCCUGACAAGAGGUUUGAAAUUGGCCGCACCUCUGGAGCUCUAUCAACCAAAGGCAUACCAUUUGAUCGAGAAGAACAGGAUACCUAUGAUGUGGUGGUCGAAGUGACUAGGGAAGACUUAGAAGAUGUUGCCCAUGUUCUGGUGAUAAUAAGGAUUGAGGAUUCUAAUGAUAAUCCACCCGUGUUUCUCAACCUACCAUACCAUGCCCUUGUUCAGAUAGAUGCCCAAGUUGGUCAGGUCAUCCGACAAGUCACAGCUGCAGAUGCUGACAUUGGUAACAAUGCUGAGAUUUUUUAUCACCUGCAAGAACAAAAUGACUAUGUCGAGAUAAGCCAGACCGGGAAAAUUUCCCUGAAAAGACAGUUUGAGAAAGAAUACCUAAACACUGAAUUUGUAGUAACUGUUGUCGCAAGAGAUGAGGGUGAGCCAUCCCUUUCUGCCUCUGUAGAGGUCCCGAUUACUGUGGUGAACAAAGCUAUCCCAUUGUUUGAGAAGUCGUUCUACAGUCUGGAAAUUCCAGAGAACAUACAGUUGCUUACUCCAGUUGUGCAUGUUCAAGCUAAUGAGUCAGAAGGUCCUCGUAUUGCGUACACCAUCUCAGAAGGAGACCCUCUCAGUCAGUUCGCCAUUAACUUUAACACUGGAGUUAUUCAGGUGAUUCAGCCAUUGGACUUUGAAACACACCCGGCUUACAAGUUGAGUGUGAGUGCAACAGACUCUCUGACUGGUGCACAGUCUACUGUGUUUGUCGAUAUUAUUUUGGAAGAUGUCAAUGACAACCCACCGGUGUUCCAAGAUAAGUUCUAUGAGACAAGUCUCUCUGAAGCCUCAGUUAUUGGAACAUCUGUGUUGCAGGUCACUGCCACAGAUGCAGACACUGGAAACAAUAAAGUAAUCUUCUACCAGAUAAUAGAGGAAAAGGAAAAGAGCUCAGAUUACUUCACUAUUGACCGCGACACUGGUGCCAUUUCGACAGCUCGGGCCCUCGACCAUGAGGAAAUGACCCGGCACAAGCUGACUGUAAGAGCUGUCGAUGGAGGGGUUCCCGCUCUCUCCAGUGAGGUUGUUGUCACAGUCCAUGUCACAGACUUGAAUGACAAUGCUCCAGUUUUCUCACAGAGAUUAUAUGAGGCCAGUGUCAGUGAACUGGCACCUCGUGAACACUUUGUCACCCAAGUGCAGGCGUCUGAUUCUGACAGCUCAGAUGUUGGGAAGUUGGAGUUCUCCAUUCUCUCCGGCAAUGAAGCACAGAACUUUGCCAUGGACAAAAGUACUGGUGCCAUUAUCAUCUCUAACCACAGAAAACCACACAUGGAGCCUUUCUACAACCUCAAUGUAUCUGUUUCUGAUGGUGUAUUUAGGAACUGGGCCCUUGUUAAGGUAACAACUGUUGGGGCUAACUUCCAUAACCCAACUUUCCCUCAAGUUGAUUAUGUCGUUGAACUGCUGGAAAAUACCCCAGCAGGCACCUUGGUUGCAGAGGUUGAGGCAAAUGAUGAUGAUUCAGGAACCUAUGGACAGCUGACCUAUCACAUUUUGAAUGACUUUGCGAAAGACAAGUUCUCUGUUAACGAGAGAGGUCAGAUUUUUACUUUGGAGAGCUUGGAUCGUGAGAAUCCUCUUGAGAGAGUCAUCCCAAUCUCUUUGAUGGCCAAAGACGGUGGCGGAAAGGUGGGUUUCUGCACUAUUAACGUCAUUCUUACAGACAUCAAUGACAACACACCUCAGUUCAGGGCUUCAGAAUACAGGGUGAAUGUUGCAUCAGAUGUCCCCAGAGGAACCUCAGUGGUUAAAAUCAUGGCAUCGGAUACAGAUGAAGGAAGCAAUGCUGACAUCACUUAUGCUAUAGAGGCUGAUUCUGAGAGCGUGCAAGAGAACUUUGAGAUCAAUCCGCUCACUGGAAUCAUUGUGACUAAAGAGAGUCUCGUUGGAUUGGAGAAUGACCUCUACACCUUCUAUGUGAGGGCAAAGGAUGCAGGAAACCUUUCGAAACAGUCUCUUGUCCCGGUCUAUAUCCGAAUUCUGGCUCCAGAGGUGUCUGUACCAAAAUUCGUUGAGCCUCACUACAGAUUUGCCAUUGAUGAAGAUCUCCCGAUUGGUUCAGAAAUUGAUGUCAUCCAGGCCGAGAGUGAACAGGCUGUUAUCUAUAGCCUGGUGAAGGGAAACACUGUAGAGAGUAACCUAGAUGACAUCUUUGUAAUUGACAGAGAAAGUGGGUCCCUGAAGUUGGAAAAGAGCUUGGACCAUGAAACAACCAAAUGGUAUCAGCUUACACUGCAGGCUCAGAGUGAGAACGAAGUAGGAGAGGUUGUAUCCUCUGUGGAUAUCAACAUUCAGGUUAAGGAUGUUAACGACAACCAGCCCCUUUUUGAGGCAAACCCUUAUGAAGCAGUUGUGGUUGAGAACCUCCCAAGUGGAACCUCUGUCAUCCAAGUGAAAGCUACAGAUCUGGAUUCUGGCACCAAUGGCCAGGUAGUGUACAGCCUGGACUCCACCCAAGAGUCAGCUGAGAUUGCCGAACUUUUUGCUGUCAACAGCGAGACGGGAUGGGUGACGACACUAAAGGAGCUGGACCGCGAGAAAAAGAGCAAGUACAUUGUGGCUAUCCUAGCCACUGACCGUGGAGAAAAAGUACAGCUAGUGGCCAGUACAAAGGUGGAGGUGAUGGUGGCAGAUGUGAACGACAACCCACCCCGCUUCACGGCUGAAAUCUACAAGGGCACUGUGAGUGAAGAUGACCCGCCACCGAGUGGGGUGAUAGCCAUCCUUAGCACAACUGACGCUGAUGCGGAGGACAUCAACAAACAAGUCAACUACUUCAUCACAGGGGGCGAUCCCCUGGGACAGUUUGCCAUCGAGCAUAUCCAGAAUGAGUGGAAGGUCUCUGUCAGGAAGGCCCUGGACCGUGAAGAGAGAGACAAUUACCUGCUGAACAUCACCGCCACCGACGGCACCUUUGUGGCCAAGGCUGUGGUAGAGGUCAAGGUGUUGGAUGCCAAUGACAAUAGUCCUGUGUGUGAGAAGUCGCUCUACACUGAGUCUGUUCCAGAGAACGCUUCUCCAGGCAGGCUGAUUCUGCAAGUCUCUGCCACCGAUGCAGAUAUUCGCUCCAAUGCCCAGAUCUCUUACGAACUGGUGGGACGCGGGGCACAGCACUUCACCAUCGACCCAGACACAGGUGAGCUGAAGACGCUGCAGCCCCUAGACCGAGAGGAAGAGGCCGUUCACCGGAUGAAGGUGCGGGCCCUGGACGGUGGGGGCCGGUACUGCGAGGCUGAUGUGGAGAUUACAGUAGAAGAUGUGAACGACAACGCUCCACAAUGCUCAUCGAACCCCUACACAAUCACAGUCUUUGAGAACACUGAGAUCCACACCAUCGUGGGACGUCUUCAGGCUACUGAUGCUGACGCAGGCUCCAACGCCGAGGUGGCGUUCUCCCUGGCCGACUCGGCCGACGGCACCUUCUCCGUGGACGAGCGGAGCGGCCUGCUGCGGCUGGAGCAGCCGCUGGACCGCGAGCUGCGCUCCGUCUACGCGCUGCGGGCGCGCGCCACCGACCUGGGCUCACCACGCCGCCUCUCGGCGCUCUGCGAUGUCAGCGUGUCCGUGCUGGACAUCAACGAUGACCCACCCGUAUUCGAGCGGCGCGAGUACGCCGCCACGUUGGCCGAGGACGUGGCGGCAGGCGCCCAGGUGCUGCGCGUGCACGCCACCAGCCGUGAGAGAGAGGGCUCCAAUGAAAUCGCCUACGCCAUCGUCAGCGGCAACGAGCGUGGGGCCUUCCGUGUGGACCCCUCAACUGGUGACAUCUUUGUGAUUGAAGGUCUGGACUAUGAGACCUGCCAUGAGUUCUACCUGACGGUGGAGGCCACAGACGGAGGCACCCCACCGCUUAGUGACAUGGCCACUGUCAACAUCAACCUGACGGAUGUCAAUGACAACAGUCCUCUCUUCAGCCAGGCUGUCUACUCUGCUGUGGUCAGCGAGGACUCCGAGCUUGGGAAGACCGUUGUGGUGGUCAUGGCAGACGACGCCGACGGCCCCUCCUUCAACCAGGUGCGCUACUCCAUCAUCGACGGUAACCAGGGCAACCCCUUCACGAUCGACGCGGUGCGAGGAGAGGUGAAGGUGGCUCGGGCACUGGACCGAGAGAAGACCUCUGGCUACACUCUGACAGUUCUGGCAUCAGACAGCGGAAACACACCGAGAUCCAGCAGUGCCACGGUCAACGUGGAUGUGUCGGAUGUGAACGACAACCCACCUCUUUUCUCUCAAGCCAACUACACGCUCAUCAUCAAGGAGAACCGGCCAGUGGGCACCAGUGUUCUGCAGCUCACCGUGACCGACCGUGACGCCACGCACAACGGCCCGCCUUUCACCUUCUCCAUCGUUGGCGGCAACGAGGACAACGCCUUCCAGAUCAACCCCCAGGGGGAGCUGCUGGCCGCUGCUCCGCUGAGCCGACAGGCCAAAGACCAGUACCUGCUGCAGAUCCAGGUGUCAGAUAGUGGUCGGCCCCAGCUUCACUCCUCGGCGCUGGUGAGCCUGCGGGUGAUCGAAGAGAGCGUGCACCCUCCGGCCAUCCUGCCCCUGGAUGUGUUUGUGACAGUAGCCAGUGAUGAGUAUGCCGGCGGGGUGCUCGGCAAAGUCCACGCCACCGACCAGGACGUGUACGACACGCUGACCUACAGCCUGGCCCACACCCCCGACUCUGCCCUCUUCGCCAUCUCGCCGACCGACGGCAAACUCGUCGCGGUCGGGGCGCUGGACGCAGGGCAGUACGCGCUCAACGUCACAGUGACCGACGGGCAGUUCAGCGCCAUGGCCCGGGCCAGCGUGCACGUGCGCCCCGCCGAGAGCCGCGCCCUAGAGAACGCCAUCGGCGUGCGCUUCGCCGCCAUUGCGCCCGAGGAGUUCAUCGGCGACUACUGGCGCAACUUCCUGCGUGCGCUGCGGAACAUGGCCGGCGUGCGGCGUGGUGAGGUGCAGCUCGUGAGCCUACAGCCAGCGGCCGACGCCUCCGGGGACCUGGAGGUCCUGCUGGCCCUGGAACGUUCCGGAAGCCCGUACCAGCCUCAGGAGGUGGUGUUCCGGAAGCUCAACGCCUCGGUCGCAGUCAUAGAGGAGAUGACCGGCGUGCGCAUCGUACGUGUCGUCAAGAAGCUCUGUGCCGGACUGCCGUCCGACUGCCCACCGAGGUUCUGCCAGGAGACGGUCACCUUGGAGUCGGCCGCCAUGGCGACGUACAGCACUGCGAGGCUGAGCUUUGUCACACCGCGACACCUGCGCCAGGCCACCUGUCUGUGUGAAGGAGGCAAAUGCCCCGUGAUGACCGACCAGUGUGAGGAGGGCUCUUGCCACGAUGACAUUUCCCCAGCGGGCCCAUCGCUGACGUUCAGUGGCAGCGGCUAUGCCCGCUACCGGAUGAUGGAGAACGAGAACAAGGAGGAAAUGAAGCUCUCCCUGAGGCUCAGGACUUUCUCCAGUCACGCCACAGUCAUGUACGCCAAAGGCACGGACUACAGCAUCCUGGAGAUUGUGAAUGGCCGACUGCAGUAUAAGUUUGACUGUGGCAGUGGGGCGGGCCUGGUCUCCGUGCACAGCACGCAGGUGAACGACGGCGAGUGGCACAGCGUCACUCUGGAGGUGGACGGCAACUACGCCAAGCUGGUUCUGGACCGCGUGCACGCCGCCUCCGGAACCGCCCCGGGCACCCUCCGCACCCUCAACCUAGACACCAGCGUCUACUUUGGCGGUCAUAUCCGACAGCUGGGCGCGCGGCACGGCCGGAGCCUGCCCGCGGUCAACGGGCUCCGCGGCUGCAUGGAGGCACUGGAGCUCAACGGUCAGGCGCUGCCGCUGCGUGCCAACGGCCGGGCACCCCACGCAGUGCUGGAAGAGCUGGUGGACGCCGUGCCUGGGUGCAGCCUGGCAGCGCUGGCAGACGGAUGCUCCAGUAACCCAUGCACCAACGGAGGAACCUGCUCCUCUCUGCCCAACGGAGGCUUCUUCUGCAAGUGCACUGCAGCCUUCAUGGGUACCCACUGUGAGAUUGGCAUUAGCCCCUGUGCCUCCAACCCCUGCCUGUAUGGGGGAACCUGUAUCCCGCGAGGAGACGACUACUACUGCCAGUGCCGUGGACAGUACUCUGGCCAACGGUGUCAGAUGGGUCCAUACUGCAAAGAUAACCCGUGCAAAAACAGUGGCAAAUGUAUCGACAGCCUUGACGGACCCGUCUGUGAGUGCGAACCUGGUUUCCAAGGUGACAGGUGCCUGAGCGAUGUGGACGAAUGUGUGAAGAACCCAUGUGCCAACGGCGGGCAGUGCCAAAACACCUACGGCUCGUACAACUGCAACUGCUCUCGCGGCUUCGGUGGGCGUCUGUGCGAGGAGCUCAUGGAGGUUCGCAACGAGUUUGUUUCCACCUCGUGGAACAUUGGCUUGGAGGAGGUGGUGGGCAUCGUAGUGUUUGUGGCAAGCAUCUUCAUCCUGGUGCUGCUGUUCGUGGUGGUGAGGAAGCGCGUGUGCCGCCGCAAGUCAAAGUCGGGAAACGGCGAGGACAACAAGCGCCCGGGGAACUCGGCGCCGCACACUUUCCGCCCGUACUUUGACUCGAAGCUGAACAAGAACAUCUACUCGGACGUUCCCCCUCAGGUACCCGUGCGCCCCAUCUCAUACACUCCAAGCAUCCCCAGCGACUCACGCAACAACUUGGACCGCAACUCCUUCGAGGGCUCGGCCAUCCCAGAGCACCCCGAGUUCAGCACGUUCAACCCAGACUCAGUCCACGGGCAUCGCAAGACCGUGGCUGUGUGCAGUGUAGCACCCAACCUGCCCCCACCCCCACCCUCCAACUCGGUCUCAGACAGUGACUCCAUUCAGAAGCCCAGCUGGGACUACGACUAUGAUGCUAAAGUGGUAGAUCUGGACUCCUGCUUGACAAAGAAACCAGUGGAGGACAGUGCUGGUCAUCCUUACAACACAAGGGGGAGCAUGUCAGAGGUCCAGUCCCUCAGCUCCUUCCAGUCAGAAUCCUGUGAUGACAAUGCCUCCAUAGUGACUGUAAUCCACCUUGUCAACUCUGCCGUUGACUCGGUGGGGCGAGAAGACUCAUUCUCAGUUCAUGAGCUCAAGACCCCAAGAGGCUACCACUGGGACACGUCUGAUUGGAUGCCGAGCGUCCAGCUCCCCGGGAUCCAGGAGUUCCCGCAGUACGAGGUGGUGGAGUCCCCAUUAGCGACCACAGGGGCCGGCCUCUACAGCGACCCCUCCGCCAUGGACACCGACUACUACCCCGGCGGCUACGACAUCGAGAGCGACUUCCCUCCCCCGCCGGACGACUUCCCCGCCCACGACGACCUGCCCCCGCCGCCCCCGCUGCCGGCGGCCGACUAUGGCGAGCCCUACGACACGCUCCAAGCACCGGGCGUCGCGCACAGCCCGCGCUCGUCCCCGCGCGUGCGCCAGCGGCCGCCGCUGCCCCAGCUCUACAGCCUCAGCCAGUACCUGCCCUCUCACCACUACCCCUCGGACCACCCCGACUCGCCCGACGGGCCCUCCGGCAACACGCUGACCUCCAACGCCUCCAACGCCGCCACCAACAACACCACCGUGGCAGGCACGGGGACGGGCGGGAGCGGCGGCCGGGGCGACUGCGGCGGCUACAGGGGCGGCUACUCCAUGGGCUACGAGCCGCCGGCGCUGGACAACAUGUCGCUGUCGCUCUACACGUCCACGGCGUCCUGCUCGGACAUGUCGGCGUGCUGCGAGGAGUCCGAGGCCAUGCUGAGCGACUACGAGAGCGGAGACGACACCGCGUUCGACCGCCUCACGCUGCCCUCGCUGGACUCCCAGCAGCACACUGAAGUCUGACACUGGAUCCCAAGCACCAUGACAACAACAACAAAACAUACAAACACACAUCCAUGUCAACAAAAAAAGAAGUGCCUGAACCCUUAACCUGAGAAGAAAAAUAAUAAUAAUAAAAAAUCAAGUAAUGAAUAAAUACAGUGAUCAAGCCACCUCUAAUGAGCACACUCUCUACUCACCAUCACAGUGUACACACACACACAAGUAUGCAUACACACACCCAAUCGCAACAACUGUGGUGGUUGUAGAGACUCUUUUGGCGCGGGGAGGAACUCUUUCCGGUAGCAAGGAGAGACAGUUGCCAUGAACUCUGAAAGCUGUGCUGUCUCUUGUGAAGCCUCCUCUGCCUGCUGUAUGGGAAAGCACAUUUGAGUUGGCUGUGCCAUUCGCUUUAAGUAACAGAUAUCACACAGACGAGGAGCCAUGCUGAGGUGAACAACCCAAGAAGAUUAAUAAUAAAGGUACAUGCCACCAUGACAAUAAUGAGAUACAUUUCAGAAGGUGAUAUCUGUAUUUGUAUAGGGACAAACCAUGCAAACACAUUUUUUAUAUGAAUCCUCGUUCAUUUCUAAUGUAAAUUUAAAUGUACAGUUUUGAUUUCAAGGUUUUACUAGGUUUUGUAGAUAUUUUAUGCUUUUUAUUUCCAAAAAAAAUAAAAGACAAGCUCUAAAUGUGUCAUUAUCAGCCUUACUGUAUCUACAUUUCACAAAAAAAAAGUUGUUUAAAGAUUGAGAUAGAGGUGUAUCAGUUCAUCAUUUUUUCUGUUCAUUUCAAAAGAAAACAAAAAAAGGGGUCAGCGAUGAGCGACUGCAUAUUCUUGUGUUCUUUUUUUUAAUUAACUGUUUAUUUGUUUUGUUUGUAAAUUGCGCCUUUGAAACCUUUUAUUUUUUCCACCACAAAAAUGGGACCCAAUAUAUUUAUAGUUGGAGGAGAUUUAUGGACACGUGUCUGUUUUUCAGGUGUCUGUGCGUGUGUGUGUGAGCGACUCUAUUGUCUUGUUAAGGUUUUUAUUGAAUACUGCCACUAGCUCAUGCUUUCAUACUGGCAAUAAAUUAUUCAAAAAAUAAUAAACUGGUGUCCUAAUGAA